AUGGGUAAGCUCCAAUGUAUUUGUUUCUGGACACUCAUAAAAAUCGUAUUCAUUUCCAUAACAAUAUUACAUGAUGAACUAUCGUCAGCAUCAGUUUUGAAUGAAGUUCAACUGUCAAACACGGAGGUACUUUAUCUCAAUGAACGUCUGCAAAUCAAAGAGCAUAUGAAUCGUGAAGACACACUUAAUACUAUUAUCGAAUUGGAACACUUUUACACGCUUCUCAAAAAUACUAAUAAUGAAAUGUGUGCACCAUCACCGAUGGUCGACAAGGCAUGGCAUCAACACAUCCUACACACAACAAUGUACAAUACUUUCUCGCGUCAGCAUUUUGGUAGAGAAAUUGUUCAUCAUGUCCCUUUCUGGUCUGGUAAUAUAGCCGAUAUUGAGGAAACAUGGGGUGUUGAUGGUGAACCUGCUCCAUUAGAAACGUACAAUACCAUAGUAGUUAUGCUCGGCUUUGAAAAUGUCAAUAAAACAGUAUGGCUUAUGNAUUAA